AUGGAAGCACUUGUGCAGUCAAUGGAAGUGUCAAAGGAUAAAGGAGUUUUCGAACAGAUGGAUGACGAUAUUGUUCUCGACACCAACUUACUGCAAUCUAUUGCUACGGAUUUAACCAAGGGAUCCAGCACAGUGAAUAAGGAUGUCAUCGGUGAGGAUAUGGCAAAGAAGCUUGUCGAGAUCGAGGAAAAAGAAAAGUCAGCUGGAGAUGAAGAAGUGGACAAGAAUGAAGAGUCACCGGCUGUAUCAGAAGUGGCAGCAAAAAUUGUGGAAUCGUUAACAUCUAGCCACGUACUUGGCAAAGUGCUCACACCAGAAGAAGCCAAUAUUUUGAAAGAUUAUUUCAGCAGAAAAAUC